UUAUAUAUGAACGGCCCGGCUCGUCUCCUCCACCUCAGCGACGAUAGGCGGAACCAACCAAACCCCACAAAGGACGAUCGAUCGGCCCGACUCCGAUCCCACCGACGGAAUCUUCCGCCGCCGCUGCCGCCGCCGUAUCGCAUGGCCAACUCCUCUCCGCCGGCCGACGGCCACUCCCACCAGCAUGAGUGGACUCCGGUCGUUUUAGAGUGUAAACACAUCAGGAAACCAGACGGUACUCCGCUCCAACUUCAUCUUCACUGCAGGCCAAAUCGUCCAAGAACUAAUGCUCAUCAACAACACCCAACAAACACCACCACCACCACCACAGACCGGUCUCGGGUGCCUCCCGAAGCCGGAGCGACCAAGGUGGUACGCCUGACCAAGAUGCUCUCGCCGGACGAUUGCCUCGAGGACGACGAGUUCGAAGACCUGGUGGAGGAUGUCACAGAAGAAGCGCGCACAUUUGGUAACCUUGUGAAGGUUGUGAUCCCGCGGCCCAGCCCCGGCAGUAAUCCGGCGGUUGCUGGAGUCGGGAAGGCAUUUCUGGAGUACGCGUGCCUCGACAGCUCGUCCCAUUGUAGGAGGAGUAUGGAUCGCAUGUGGUUUGCUGGAAGGCGAAUUGCUGCUGGGUUCUACCCUGAGGACAUGUUUGCUGCUGGAGACUACGGCUAUGACGUACACUGCCCUGAAGAUGAUGGAUAAAGUAUUUGUAGUUAAUCAAUCUCUAAUUUCUAGUGCCUAUAAGACAUGCGCGCAAGCAUGGAUCUUGAUCUGAAAGCACAUUGUAUGAAUGUUCCAUGUGUUAUAUGUAAUUCAAACUAGGAAGUUCGAAGAA